GUCCUUGACUACAGCGUUCGGGUUUGGUUGAGCUCUGUGCAGCUACUGGCUGUGCGGUCUGUCACCUCCACCACAUCGCCUUCCCAUUCAACAUCAAAGCACAAAGAAAGGGGAAAUCACCGCCCACCGUUUUAAUUGCAUCAUUAAACAUGCAUUUACGUUUGAGUAGAACUAUUGCCUCACAGGACAUAGAUUUAAGACAGAAAACUGUCCUGGCAAGCCGAUGUCAACACGACCAGUUGAUGCCCUGCUUCCUUGACGUGACAUCUGCUGAGACCCUCUCCAGUCUCCCCUCGUAGACAUGUCCUCCUCGCUGUGGCAGCAGGAACCCACGGCGUAUUCCCCCAACGUAGAGAUCGAUUCCAGCUCAAUGCGCAGGAAGGCGCGGCCCAGUGGCGCCCAGCACUGGAUGAAGCAGGAGUGUGAGCUGGAUGUGGGCUUGUGGGACAACGGCAACUCUGGGACAACUAGUGACGUAGAACAGGACAACACUCUGAGCAGCGCUGUGUCCACGGCCACCACCCUUGAGGGUCUCCCUCCCAGCGUCAUGCUGACCAUCACCAAGCUCCAGUGUCUGCUACAGAGCCGUCAGGAGCGCAUCCGGGCCUUGGAGAGGCAGGUGGAGGACCUGCAGCAGGACCGCAAGUUCCUCCGCACACAGAUCGAGAACCUCACCAGCACACGCCAGGUGGCUGCUGCGGAGCCUCCCAAACCCAGCAAGUCCCAGUACUCAGAGUCCAAGCCACGGAAGCGGUCACGGGACGCCUCGUCCAGCUCCAGCGCCUGCAACGACAGUGGGUCCGAGCUGUCUGUCUCCUCCGCAUUCUCAGGGGCCUCCAACGACCUCAGGAAGAGGAGACACCACAAGGAGCGGAGAAGGGGGAAGAAAGGGAAGGACUACAGCAGGAAAAGAGCUACUGGAGUGCAAUACGUCAUUCACCGCUACAAGCAAGUGCUCUCGGCCUUCAACAAGAAAAAGAGCAUGAGUGGAGCCUUCCGGCACUACGGCAUCGACCGAAACACCAUCGCCAACACAGCGCCAAUUGCUGAACUGCACCUGGCCGCCAUGGAGGCCCUGCCACUGGUGGGGCUGUUUCGGCCGCGUGAGGAGACGCUGGUCAGCUACGCCCAGAAGUGUGCGCUGGUCAUCGAAGCAGACGAGGCCGUGUCCAGGAAGAUCGAGCAGAUGAAAGCCACUGGUGAACUGCUGCCCAUCACUGCCAAGAAGGCCAGAACUCUUGGCAUGGUUGGCCAUUGUCUUUCAGAGAUACCACAUACAUGAAAACUCUAAAAUAUAAAAUUGACUUUUUUUUUAAGUAAUAGACUUAGGAAGAACAGUAGUGCCAUCAAACAUGUAUAUAUAAACUGUUAGGGAGAAACUGCAUGUUUUUCUAAAUGUUAACACAAAGCUUUUAUUCCUUGCCUUGUGUUUGGAAAGAGGAACAGUCUUGAAAAUACAUCACUGUAAAUAAGUCACUCUGAAACCACAUGAAAAUAAUGAAAUCAUAGUCUAUAAUGAAAUUUAGUCUACUCUGAAAACAAAGUGACAUGGUCUGAAACCACAUAGAGUUUUUCAACAUAUUUCUUUUACAAAAUGUUUUUGAAGAUUUGUUCUUGAAGAUUUCAAAACAAAGUACUCAAUGAAUAAACUGUUGUGGUUGGGUCAAGUUUUCUGAACGAAUGACCUGAGAUGUAGAAUUUCCCUUGUCUUUAAUGCCAAGGAGCCAGAUAACUCCUGGGAAAGCUCAGGCUCACACCAAACAGACCCAGACUAUUCCUCUAGACUUUUAUUUAUUCUGUAGUUUUUCUUUUUUCACAAAAGCCUUUUGAUAGAUGUAUUGUAUGUUUGGACACUUCACUAAAUAUUGAAACUCAUGUAUAAAAUGGUAAUAAAGACAUAUUGGUGUUUUAAAUGAGUUAUAUAGACCUAAUAAGAAUGUGUGGUGUGCCUAAAACUUUGGUUAAUACAUUUUAAAAUGUGACCUGACAUUAUAUGAAAACAAAACUGGAAAAUAUACUACGUGAAGCCUUUAAUAAAGAGCAAAUGUCUUGUGAA